AUGGCGGAAGUAACAGAUAAUCCAGAUGUCCCUUCAAACAAGAAGGCUUUUAUUCCUUUAGGUAUCUCAUCCUCUGCUCCACUCAAGCACCCACCCUAUCAUCCCAAGCUAACCCCUCCAGAAAACAACCCUGAAGUAAUGUCCUCUCUCCUCCAUAAGCUCGGUCUCUCAACCACACUCUCCUUCCACGACGUAUUCUCCAUCGAAGACCCAUCUUUACUCUCCUUCAUUCCCCGUCCUGCUCUCGCUCUCUUGUUAGUUUUCCCAGUCUCCAAAACCUAUGAAGAAUUUCGCUAUUCUGAGGAUAAGGACCGGGAAGAUUAUAAGGGUAAAGGAGAGGAUGAACCAGUUAUUUGGUAUAAACAGACUAUUAGGAAUGCAUGCGGUUUAAUUGGGCUCUUGCAUGCUGUGAGUAAUGGAGCUGCAAAGGGUUUUGUUGGACAAGAUACUCCUCUCGGCAAGCUAAUUAAAGAUGCAAUUCCCCUCGGUGCCUUCGAUCGUGCGGAUCUUCUAUAUAAUUCCCAAGCCCUUGAAUCCGCCCAUCAAAGCGCCGCAACCCAAGGCCAGUCCUCUACGCCCGAUGCCGAAGACAACGUCGAUUUACACUAUGUAUGUUUCGUGAAAGACGAGAAGAAUGAUCUGUGGGAGAUGGAUGGGAGGAGAAGAGGCCCACUCGAGUUGGGAUCACUGGGACCAGAUGAGGAUGUUCUUAGUGAGAAGGCAUUAGAUUGGGGAGUGAGAAAGUUUUUGAAGAGAGAAGAGGAGAAUGGUGCUGAAUUGAGAUUUAGCUUGAUUGCAUUGGCACCAAGUCUAGAUUAG